AUGACCUACUAUGUGCCACAACAAGCGCUCACCAAUGCAGUUACAGCCACUCCGCUCUUACCAGCACCGCCACAGCCACAACCCCCUACAACAGCAACCGCCCAAUCUGUGGCCGGACCACACAUCACUAGCGGUAUAAAUAUCGCGAAUGGCCUUGUUGCAGCCACACCGGCGGCUGGACCGUCGUCGAACACCACCGUAGGGUCAUUAGGCAGUAGCAGUAGCCAUCUUGGCGGCAUUCAUACAAGUGGAAAUCACGGUGUUGGUGCAUCUGCAUCCACAAACAGCUAUCAGACGCAUAGCGGUACGACGUACUUUGGUACGGGGCGUGUUAAGCGGCCGACUUCCUCGCAUUACGCCAGCCACCAAAACAGCGGCCAUCAACUGGUUACGGCAGCUAUCCCCAGCAACGGCAAUGCAACUACCACAUAUCAAUUAGGACACGCAGUACCCACACUUACAUUGGCGCAUGCACCGGGUGGUGCAGCAGCAGCAGCAGCAGCCGCCGCCGCUGCGGCAGCAGCAGCUGUGAAUACAUCAACUGAUCUCAGCAUUGGCAGCGGAGCAGCUCCAGCCACAACCAUGUAUACGUUGCCUCAACAUGCGGCGCUCCUGCAUGCGAAUAUAUUUCCAUAUGCGCCCGCCGCCGCUGCCGCAGGAGCAGCUGCAGGCAUUGCCGCUGGCACACCACAAGUGCACACACCUGGCGCUCCACCAACGGCGGCAGCACAAUUAGCUGCCACCGGAUUGACUGGCACAGCGGCUCAUGCACAACAAACAAAUGCUGUGAUCACCCCAUUCUAUGCUCAUCACCCGCCCAUGACAGCUGCCACACAUCCCUCACAUGGCAGCACCGUGCAUACGCCCGGGCCGGCUGCCAUACCGAUUGUCGAUCCUAGCACGCUCACGGCCAUCUCGCAUGCAACACCGAGCGGUGCAAGCAGCACGAAUAAUGUAACGCCAGUGUACAGCGGCGGUGGUGGCGGAAGCGCUUCACAAUCGGCGCCCAGCACGCCACACUCUGUACCUAAUCAAACAGCACAGCGCAAUCCGCCACUCUUCUCCACACCGCCUAUUUUGAACUCGAAUGGCGGCAGCAAUAGUGGUGGCUACAGUGGCAGCUCUACACCACAGUAUUACACCGUGACCAGUGGACCAGACGGCAGUACAACGCUUAUGAGCAGCCCACAUGGCAGCUCUUAUGUGCAACACGAUAAACGCAACAACAAUACAAAU